AAGUUGUGGACACAGUUCAAACUGACUUGCAAACGUGAUCAUGAAUUCACUGAAGAUUUUCUGUUUUAUAGCUUUAGUAUUAGCCGCCGCUAAUGCUUCACCCAAGCACGGCAAGGAUAGCUUGAAACCUACGGAUUGGUUGUCGGUCUCCGAAUUGGAAUCGACGCCUUCAGUCGAGGACAUCACUUUGCAACAGUUGGAAAACAUGUCAAUGGAAGAAGCAGAGCGAAAGAUUGGGAAGUUGUAUCACUUGUCGCAAAUCAACUACGCUCUUGAACCGUCUUUUGUUCCGAGCGCCAGUAAUGUACCCGUUAUCUUGAUGAAACCCAAUGCACAGCCCGAGCGCACCAAUCUCAAUGAACUGGUUGAAGCUUGCAAACAACAGCCCAAUUUUGGUAAUGAGGAAGUCACCAUUUUCAUCACUGGUUUGCCACAGUCGUGUCCUUCUGUUGCAAAGGCUAACAAGAAAUUAGUCCAAGCUUAUAUGCAACGUUAUAACGGCCAACGUCAACCAAUCAACAACAACAAGGACUUUGACUACGACAACAACAAGGACAGUCAAGGUGCCACUUCAAGUGAGGAAGAUUAUAAUGAAUCCUGGAAGAACCCUAAACCUACAAGCGGCAACCUCAUGAUUAUCAACUUGGGCUCCACACUCACCAACAUGAAACGAUUAGCUCUUAUCGAUGUUGAACAAACUGGCAAAAUGAUUGCAAAAGCUCUCGUCCAAUUGACCAACGAAGUUGAUGUACCACAAGAGAUCAUACACAUUGUUGGACAAGGUAUUGGUGCGCAGGUUGCUGGUGCGGCUGGUCGUCAAUACAAACGCUUGACCGGUCAUCAACUCCGUCGCAUCACAGCUUUGGACCCUGCCAAGAUGUUCGCUAAGAAAAAGGGUAUAUUAUCUGGCUUGGCUCGUGGUGAUGCCGACUUCGUUGAUGCCAUUCAUACAUCGACUUGUGCAAUGGGUACACUCCAACGCGUUGGUGAUGUCGACUUCUACGUCAAUGGUCCAGCAUCCGCUGCGCCUGGUGCCACCAAUGUAAUUGAAGCAUCCAUGCGUGCAACCCGUUACUUCGCCGAAUCUGUACGUCCAGGCAAUGAACGUAACUUCCCAGCUGUCGCCGCCACCUCAAUAGACCAAUAUGAAAAUAAAGAUGGUUGUGGCAAACGCGCUUACAUGGGUAUCGCUACCGAUUUUGAUUUAGAAGGUGAUUACAUGCUCAAAGUGAACCCAAAGAGUCCCUUCGGCAAGAGCGCUCCCGCUCAAAAGCAAAACACUUAUCAUGGUCAACAUCAGUCGUGGAAGAACGACAAAAACCAGGAUUAAUAUGCUAACAACUUUAGCGUUAGGGAUAUUAUAAACGUUUAGAAGAGUAGAAGAUAACUAACUUUUAAAUACUAAUUUUUGUACCCUUUGAGUUUUAUAAAAAAUAAACGUAGCAUUUAUGUAAAUGUUGCUUAUUUAAGCAAAA